AUGCUGUCCACAAGCCCUCACCUGCCUGCCAUACAGAUAUGGGAUAGAGGAGAUGAUUUGUGUGAGAAGUUCUUUUCCCCCCGCUUUGCUCAGAGUCAUGAAAAUACAGAAAACUCAUCAAGUGCUGAAAUUUGUCAUACAGUGACGAACAAUAGCGUGCAAGGGAAAAAAUGCUCAUCCAGUCUCGUUGCCUCAACCACACAAUCUACAGCAACAUCUCUCGCAGGUACCCUCCCAGCAACCACUCAGCCCACCAAUGCCACCGAGCUCAGCAACACCACCCAGCCCUCCCACAGCUCCACAUCUGCCCCCACUACUGCUCAGACUGUCAAAACCAGCAAGGCAGCAGCACCUACCACAGUUUCAUCAGUUACAUCCUCACAACCCAACGUUACGAUGACCAUUCACAAAUUUUCUUCCACUUCUGUAACAGCUGCACCGAAAUCUGAAGCUGUUGUAACCAAAACCUCUGGAUUUGAUGUGGGCAGUUUCAUAGGUGGGAUUGUGCUGACGCUCGGAAUCCUGGUUGUUCUCUACGUUGGAUGCAAAACAUACCACUCUAGAAGAGGCAUUCAGUACAGAACGAUUGAGGAACAUGAUGCCAUCAUCUAAAGAGGCUUCAGAGAAGGCAGCGGUGGAAACCCAACCCAUCACAGCUGUUGUAACUCAUGCUGAGAGCUCCUAUUACAGGCAUGGUCACAGUCUGUAAAGCUCUGUUGGUCUGAUCUUGCUGAGAAACUCUUUAAGUAUUCCUUUUUUUUUUUUUUUUUUCUUACUGGCUUUGAUAAGAGCAGGAGGACCUCAGCACUUUGUAGAAAUAGCACCUUUUCUCCAGCGUUUGUUAUCA